ACGUGGCAGCAGGGACCCGAGUGUGCGGCCGCAGUCCGCGCCUCAGCUUGGUCCCCGCGCUGGGACUGGAUCCUGGCCCCGUCCCAUGGUCGCCACUGGGUUGCCUGAGCACGAGGGUAAUCUAUCCACCGUCCUCUCGGUAACCUCGGGGAGAAGCCAGUCUCUUUCCCUCAGGUGAGACCCACCUGCCUCUUACAGCGGUCCCCAACCUUUGUGGCAGCAGGACCGGUUUCAGGGAAGACAAUUUUUCCACGGGGCAGCGUGGGUCCGUUAAGUGUCUGCGAGCCCCUGGUUUCGGCACUCCCUGCGCGGACGGACCUCCCUGUUGGUGACAUUCCGCACUUGCGGCGUUCCCAGAGCGCGCGGCCCCCCUCGGCGCUCCAGCCGGUCACCAGGUCUUAGAUUCUCAUAAGGGGCCGCAGUUUACAGCAGGGCUCGCACUCCGGGGAGAGCGUAAUGCCGCCGUUGUGUCCCUGCCGGGGGUCCCGUGGGCUGUGUCCUGUCAGUGCUCCCGCGUGGUCACGGUUCGGGGCCUGUCCGCGCUUCCGGGGCGCCGCAAACCCGGAUUCAGGGCAGUCUCCCUCACCACACGUGCCUCUCAGAUCACCCGCGGUCGAGGCCAGGCCAGCAGGCCUCUCCGGUCUCCGCCCCUUGCGGCCUGGCCCGCCCACUCGGCGCUCCCUCCUCGCCCUACCUCGGUUGGAUGCACUCGGCACUCUGCGGCCUCCCUGGCAGCUUGCGCGAGCACGCACGCACGCACGCACACACACAAGGAGCACUUCCGGCCGCGGCGGCCUCUGCGCCGGCCUGACGAGUGCCGAGCGCCCGGCCUCCCCGAGCGGCAUGCGGCGCUGAGGAGAGCUGACACCUCGGCGGCGCCAUGAACCUCCUACCGUGUAACCCGCACGGCAACGGGCUGCUCUACGCCGGCUUCAACCAGGACCACGGUUGCUUUGCGUGUGGGAUGGAAAAUGGAUUCCGAGUCUAUAACACUGAUCCACUAAAAGAAAAAGAGAAACAAGAAUUUCUAGAAGGAGGAGUUGGUCAUGUUGAAAUGUUAUUUCGCUGCAACUAUUUAGCGUUAGUUGGUGGUGGAAAAAAGCCGAAAUACCCUCCCAACAAAGUGAUGAUCUGGGAUGACCUGAAAAAGAAGACGGUUAUUGAAAUUGAAUUUUCCACAGAAGUCAAGGCAGUCAAAUUGCGGCGAGAUAGAAUUGUGGUUGUUUUGGACUCCAUGAUUAAAGUGUUUACAUUCACACACAAUCCCCAUCAGUUGCAUGUCUUUGAAACCUGUUAUAACCCUAAAGGCCUCUGUGUCCUGUGUCCCAAUAGUAACAAUUCCCUGCUGGCCUUCCCUGGGACGCAUACAGGCCAUGUGCAGCUUGUGGAUCUGGCCAGCACAGAGAAACCUCCCGUAGACAUUCCUGCACAUGAAGGUGUCCUGAGCUGCAUUGCUCUCAACCUGCAGGGAACAAGAAUUGCGACUGCAUCUGAAAAAGGGACCCUUAUAAGAAUAUUUGAUACUUCAUCAGGGCAUUUAAUCCAGGAACUUCGAAGAGGAUCUCAAGCAGCUAAUAUUUACUGCAUUAACUUCAAUCAGGAUGCUUCCCUCAUCUGCGUCUCCAGUGAUCACGGCACAGUGCACAUUUUUGCAGCUGAAGAUCCAAAAAGGAAUAAACAGUCUAGCUUGGCGUCAGCCAGUUUCCUUCCAAAAUACUUCAGUUCCAAAUGGAGUUUUUCCAAGUUUCAGGUUCCCUCAGGCUCUCCGUGCAUUUGUGCCUUUGGAACAGAGCCCAACGCUGUCAUUGCAAUCUGUGCAGAUGGCAGUUACUACAAGUUCCUCUUCAACCCCAAGGGGGAAUGCAUCCGGGAUGUCUAUGCCCAGUUCCUGGAGAUGACCGACGACAAGCUGUGACUCCAUCUGUGAGCUUAAUGCCAGCACUGGCUGUUCCCCUGCAGACUCCGGGGGCUUGUGCCCAGGCCUGUUGGGCCCCAGGCUGGAGGGGCUUCCAGGGAUCUUGGUCUCAAAGCCAUAUGUGGUUGUUUGCUUUCCUUAGAAAGACUUUCCAUUUCCAGUAUUACAGAGAGAAUUAUCAUCAAGGCACCACAGAUGCUCAGCGUUCAUGCCAACUGCCAGCUGUCUCUCAUUUGCUCACUCGAGGCAUUCUGAGGCUGGCUGCACCUAUAUGGUGACGGGGCUCCCGGCAGAUGUGGGGGCUGGGUGGAGAGGAUGGACUCAUUGAGGUUUGUUUUUGUAACAGAUUCCAUCAUUUUUACUGCAUCUACAGUGGGGAAAUGAACAAGUGUGUAAAUGUAGUUCUUACAUUCUAAGCAGAUUUAAAUAGAACACCAGCAGCUUGCCUUAGAAAAGGAGAGAGGAAUUCCUUUACCCAUCUGAACAUGGGAAGAAACAGGAGUCCUGCUGAGGGGCCAUGGUGUGGAAGUCUCCCCUGUUCAGCCCAGGCUACGCUCCUCUCUGCCUGGGCCAGGGUUGUCCGUGCCACUCACUUGUGGCAGACACCAGGUGCACCCAGGAAGCAGAGCAGCCGUCCUUGGGCUUGGGCAGUGUUAGGGCAUGGCAGGGUCUCCUGGAUAAAUUCUGGAUUAAAAUUGAGUUUCCCUGUUACAUGUAGGGAACAAAGUAGUAAACAGUCAUAGAAGAAAGCGACAACUUAGUGGGACAUUUCCACAGAGCAGUACUCCAGAGCGUCCUCUGGCAGCUCCUAUCAGUGUGGCGGGAAAUGCCUCGGCCAGCCUGUGUCUCCAUGUCCCUCCUCACUCUCUGUCCCCAGCAUUUACAGGAGUAGCUAUACACUAACAUUUGGGAAUUAAAGGCACAGAACUUUAACAUUUGGUAACUAAAGUAGGUUAUGGGCUCUAUGUUCUCAACUACUUGAAAUAUAUGUUUAAUUUUCUUAAAUUCCCUUUAAAGCAACUUAAUUUUAUGGUUUUGAUUUCAGGUUGCAAACAUUUAAAAUCUGCAUAGCAGCAAUUUCUCUGUUUUGCCAGUUCCUUUACUGUCUUGUAAUCAACUAACUUUGUAUGUGACUUUGAUGUAAAGUAUGCAUGUUACUUUUAUGUGUAUUUAAUCAUGAAGUUUAAUUUUGCACACUUAUUUGUAUGUUUCUUUUAAAUAAAAGUGACUAAUUUGUUGUAUUCUG